CACUCUCGUAACCUCCCUCGAGCCCAUGUCAGUUCAUUGUACCCCCAUUUUCAGAUAGCUUCCUUCUUUUAACCUCCUCUUCCUCUCUCAUGCAUUUUCACAAACACUUGAUCUUCCUUCCUUCUUUCUAACUCUACUUCGUCGGUUCCACCAACCCUCGCACAAAAAUUCGCUACCCAAUUGAGCAAUAAGAUUCAUAUUCUGCUUCUCCUUCCUUCCUCUUCCUCCCCCUCUCCCUCAUGGCCCUUGAAACUCUGCUCGUCAAGGUCAAAACCGCGCUUUCAAACAGGUUCGACUCCGUUCGACCCAUUUCGGCGUCGUCAAAUCCGAAACUGUUGCUGAAGAAAUCGUCUUUCAGGUCCAAAAACGUCGGGGUUUUGGCCUUUGAGAUUGCCGGCAUCAUGUCGAAGCUCCUUCACUUAUGGCAGUCCCUCUGUGAUCCCAACAUCAUCCGUCUACGAAAUGACUCUAUUUCACUUGAAGGUGUUCGAAAGAUCAUCUCAAAUGACGAGUCGUUUCUGCUCGGCCUCGCCUGUGCCGAGUUCGCUCACAACCUCAGACUCGUCGCCAACUCCAUCGCUAGAAUCAGCCGGAGAUGCCAAGAUUCUAACCUCCGAUCGUUCGAACGGUUGUUCCACGAGUUUGCUGACUCAGGUCGCGACCCGCAUGGGUGGCUCCUCGCUACCCCGAAGGAAAUUGAGGCCAAACACAAGAAAAUGGAACGUUAUGUGACCAUAUCGGCGACUCUGUACAGAGAGAUGGACGAGCUUUCAGUUUUAGAGAGUUCGCUGAGAAAAACUCUGCAUCAUAAUAACGAUAACGAAGCUUCUUCUUCAAUCGGCCGGGACCAGAAAAUUUACGAGCUUCAGCAGAAGAUUUUCUGGCAGAAACAAGAGAUAAAGGACUUGAGGGACAGAUCUCUAUGGAACAGAAGCUUCGAUUCCGUCGUUUCAUUGCUCGUAAGGUCAAGUUUCACUAUUUUAGCAAGGAUUAAGCUUGUUUUCGGAAUUAGCCAUUUCGUCCCCUGUUUAUCUCGUAGCCUCUCUGCUUCUGCCGCCGUUUACCCAUCCGAUCAAAACCCCGCCUUCAUUUCUAGCCCAUCAACAAAAAACUCCAAUCUUGAUGAUGAAAAGAAAGAUUUAGCAUCAGGGUUCUUCGAGUCGAACCACAAGCUCCUCAAGCCGCCUGAAACUACAUUAGGAGCAGCAGCUCUGGCUCUGCACUAUGCGAAUUUGAUCAUAGUGAUGGAAAAGAUGAUAAAAUCACCACAAUUAGUUGGUGUGGAUGCGAGGGAUGAUUUGUACUCCAUGUUACCAAACAGUAUCAGAUCAUCCCUCAGGAGAAGACUGAAAGGAGUUGGGUUCUCGGCAAGCGAUCCGAUGCUCGCCGGAGAAUGGAGGGAGGCGUUGGGGAGGAUUCUGGCGUGGUUGUCGCCGUUGGCUCAUAAUAUGAUAAAGUGGCAGAGCGAGAGGAGCUUCGAGCAGCAGAACUCGAUGCCCAAAACGAACGUUUUGUUGUUGCAGACUCUGUUCUUCGCCAACAAGGAGAAGACAGAAGCCGCCAUAACUGAGCUGCUUGUGGGGUUGAAUUAUAUUUGGAGGUUCGAGAGGGAAAUGACAGCGAAGGCAUUAUUUGAGUGUAACAAUUUCAAUAACAAUGGAUUGUCGAAUCUGCAGUGAGGAAGGAAGAAUUAAUGCAUCUCUCUUUUUUCAUAAUCCAUAUUCUGUAAUUUUCUUCUUCUCAUGAAAAAAGCCUUUAUGGAGUUGAAAUUAGAUGAUCCAGCCAAGUUCAGCGCUCAGAGAUCAUUGAAGGGUUUGUUUUGAUAAUCUAACCCAGCUAUUGUAUAUGAAAAUAUUACAGAUAUAUGUAGAUGAUGAUCUGAUUUUUCAGUGAUUCUCCAAUAAAAUGUUUGGGGUUUCAUGA